CCGUCUGCUCGAUUCACCGACCGCAUGUCUUCGCGCAAACGGCAUGGGUCGCAGCUCCAGCUCGCGGAGCCGCUCCAACUCCUCAUGCUCAGGCUCGCGCAGCCGGAGCCGGCGCAGCCGGCGCAGCCGGCGCCGGAGCCGGAGCCGGAGAGCGCGGAGCGCGUCUCGCAGCGCCUCUUCGAAGAGUUGUGGCCGGCGCCUGCCCAAAGCUUGGCGUGGCCGAGCCGGCAGCAGCAGCUCCAAGCGAAGUACCAAGAGCGGGGAGCAGCUUUGGCGGCGCUUGCGCCGGGUGCGGCCCCGCAGCGCCAGCAGAGAAGCGCAGAGGGAGCUGGAGGAUGAUGACAUGCGGGAGCAGCGGGGCUUGGAGAAGAAGCUGCAGAAGAUGGUCCGGGAGAAUCGGCGGCGGGAGGCUUUGCAGACCGCCUUGAGGCUCCUUGAAGGAGGUCUCAAAUGCGAUCCGGAGCUGCUGGUAGGAAUGUUGGUGAACGCUGCCACUUCCCCAGGGCCGGAGAUCUUCGCCUAUACGCUGCAGUGCGCCGUGGUUGCAGGCGGCUUGCGCCUGACCUGCGAGGAGUUCUGCAAGAUCUUGGGGAUCAUGUUUUUCCGAAAGGCGCCGGUGCCGCAGAUCCGGGCGUUUCUGAACGUGGCGUUGCCAAAGGAUGCAAACCCCGUGCCCGUGAUUCCCGCUGGCCUCACUGCAGAGGCCGAGCAAAUGUUCAGCGACGAACGCGUGCUGCCGGAGGAUUGCGAGGCCACUUCUUCAGAAGAGGAGGAAGAGGAUCGAAGUGGGCAGCCACCCUCAGCAAUCACCAUGCAGCAGUGCAAAGCGUGGCCGCAGCUCAACGGGAGGUAUGUUCUAUAUCACGAGCUUUGCAUUCCUGGCCGACCUGUUUACCAAAAGCAAGUCGCCAAGGAGGACUCGGACUGCGAGAUCCUCGAGCCGCGCAAUGGCAAGGAUCGGAAGCGCAUCCUGGUGUACAGCUCGGAUCUGGGCUGGGCCAUCAGCAAAGGUCUCAAGGGCCGAUGGUUGAUGACCAACUCCCGCGAGGCGCGCUCUCCACCAUGCCUCGGCUGGCAGGCAGUGAAGGAGGACGGCAGCAAAGUAAGCGACCCUGGUGGCUUUCUGCACAAGCAGGUCGGCAUCACUCCCAGAGCUGCUCCGGAGGAGCCACCUGCACAGAAGGUGCAGAAGCAGACACAGCCAGGUCCGGGCGGGUCCAAAGCUGACGCUCGGCUUGCGAAAGAGGCCCUGGAGUGCCUCGACCUGAAGCAGCUCCGGGGGCACAUCAGCUGCCCAGAUCCCUGCGUGGCCGAGUACUUUGGCCACUUUGUUGUACUCGCACACCUGGAGCAUUUAGCAGACGUGAGCAGCAUCAAGCGGCGGCGAGAGAGGAGCAGCGCAGAUCAGCUGGUCCGAUGGGGCUAUGCUCUCAGCGGUCUCAAGCUCUUGAGCACCUUCGGCCGGAAAGAGGCGGGCGGUCGCCAAAACCGCAUCCUGCCGGGCUGGGAGGACACUGGCACAGAGAUGGCAGCCCUUCAGCUUCCCAUGGGCAGCAUGGACAUGGACAGAAUGCGCAUCAGAAGGGGUGACUCCGUGACCAUUUCGGGCACGGAUCCGCUGCAGGACAAGCUUGCAGAGGGCACCAUCAGUGAUAUUCGGCCAGGGACUCUCAUCGUGCAGCUGCGUGGCACUUUUCCAGAGGACUGCAAGGAGAAGCUGUGGCGUGUGGACAAGUCGGCCAACGCCACCGUCUACGAGCGUCAGAUGUGGGCUUUGCUUUGCCUGAACCACGCUGCGAAGGUGCAGCCCACGGUCGAACUCUUGACGGCGGCGCCCGUGGGCAUGGCGGACCGCUGGGCCAAGCAGUGGCAGACUUCUCGCGAGGCCAAAGGACGUCGGUCGCGAUCAAAGUCUAGGGCCACGAAGAAGAAGAAGACCAGGCGAAAAGCUUCAUCCAGCUCAAAGGACUCUGAAGAGCAGCAGAAGCUCAAGCGAAGGAAGCGUUGCAGUGAGCUUGCUGACGCGGAGCUGGUGGAAGACCAUCGAGAGGACAAGCAACUGCAGGCGCGGAAAGAAGUGGAAGAGGUUGACCACAUGAAUGAGUCCCAGAGGAACGCCAUUCACGCCUCUUUGCGCCAGACAUGCACGGUGGUUCAGGGCCCGCCAGGCACUGGGAAGACGAGUGUCUCCGUGGAGAUCCUGCACUUUUGGGCCAAGGCGUUACGCCUCACUCCUGUGUUGGCCACCUCGGACAGCAAUGUCGCAGUGGACAACAUCUGCGAAGGUCUCAGGGCCAGAGGAGUAAAGGCGGUGCGUGUAGGCCGACCUGAGAAAGUGCGGAGCGUCAUCGAGGACAUGACACUUGAGGCGGAGCUGAAGCGCCUCAAAGAAGCGGAAAGAGAGCGAGGGGAGGAUGACGAGGAGAGCAAAGGCUCCGCUGGCACCUUCCCAGGCAAGGGUGGAAAGAGUGGAGGUAAGUUCGGCAAGGGCAAGUUCGGAGGCAAAGGCCACGGUGAGGAUGCUGGUGAGGCCGCGGCUCGCCACUUUGAGGACCGCAGGGCGCAGAAUCGCCAGGACUUCGAGCUGCAGCUGAAAAUCCUCCGGGAGGCCGAGGUGAUUUGUACCACUACCAUUGCGGCAGGCAUGGACUUUCUUGCUCGGCUCUCCAACUUUGAAGCAAUCCUGGUGGACGAAGUGGCCCAGGCCACUGAGCUGUCCACUGUGGUUCCACUGAUCCUUCGGGGCGCCAAUCGCUUGGUGCUGGUGGGCGACCACUGCCAAUUGCCGCCAGCGGUGCUAUCGCCAGAGGCGGAGGUCCGUGGUCUCUCGGUGUCGGUGUACUCACGACUGGUUCAGGCUGGCGGCUUGACGCCCUUCCUCCUUGACACGCAGUAUCGAUCCCAUCCCAAGCUCGCGGAGUUCUCUAGCCAGGCCUUCUACGAGGGCCUGGUGAAGAGUGGCAUCGAGGCAGAAAAGCGGCCUGCGCCUAUGGGCGUGCCAUGGCCGAAUCCGCAUUGCCCCUUGGCCUUCAUCAACGUGAACGCCCAGGAGGAGAUGGAGGGCGACUCCAAGGCAAACCUCGUCGAAGCGCAGAUGGUGGCCAGCGUAGUUGGCAAGGUCUUCCAGUACGGCGAGCUGUCUGUUGGUCAGGUUGGCGUGGUCACGCCCUACGUGGCACAGGUACGCCGGCUGAAGCAGCUGUUGCGGCCGGUGCUGCCUCCUGGCGCGGACUUCCGCCUCUUGGAGUGUGCCUCCGUGGACAACUUCCAGGGCCGAGAGAAGGAUCUCAUCAUUUUCUCGGCGGUGCGGAGCAAUCGGGCAGGAAAUGUCGGCUUUCUGGCCGAUUGGCGACGACUGAAUGUCAUGCUCACAAGAGCUCGCCGUGGACUGCUCAUCUUCGGAAACUCGGAGACCUUGAAGCAGGACCCAACCUGGGAGAAGUGGCUGGCCUUUGCAGAGAAGCACGAGUGCGUGGUCAAGGAUCUGCCAAUGCCCUCGCCUAGCUUUGGCAAGGGCUGGCAAGCUCCGCUUGGCAAAGGGAAGGUGAAAGGCUCUUGGCAGCCGCCAGGGCCGCUGGGGCCGCCAGGCAGAAACCCAGCUGCUGCAGCUCAGGCGGCUCGCGCUGCGGCGGAGGUCUCCGCUGGUUUGCAGAGUCGUGCUCCAGAGGCGCGGCGAGUGCGGCCACCCCCCAGCCUCGCGCCAACCAUGGCGCCAGCCAUGCAGAUGGCGCUGGCUGCGCAGGAGCAGCAGAUGCAGGAGCACAUGCAGCAGCUCAACCAGCUCGAAGCGCAGCUCCAGCAACAACAGCAGCAACUGCAGCAGCAACAGUUUCAAGCAGCGCAGCUGCUUUUCGUGAACCCCGUGCUGGCGCAAAUGCAGCUGGCGCAGGUUCGGCAGGAACUGCCUGAGCUGCAACAGCGCCUGGAGCAGCUAGCUGCCCAAAAGCAGCAGGCUGCACAAGAUGCUCAGGACGCUUCGAGGCAGUACGGCUCCCAGCCAAACUGCGAGGAGCAGAAGCAGAUUGAGCAACUCCUAGCGCGCGAGCUGGGAGGGAUGUGACGGUCGCUGCGAAGAAAAGAGCCUUUGGAGC